AUGUUUUAUGCACACAUUAUAUUGGCCAAAAAAGGCCCUUUGGCAAGAGUAUGGCUGGCGGCACAUUGGGACAAAAAAAUCACAAAGGCUCAUGUCUUUGAGACGAACAUUGAGAAAUCCGUCGAGGGCAUUAUGCAGCCCAAGGUGAAAUUGGCGUUGCGCACCUCCGGUCACCUGUUGUUGGGUGUGGUCCGCAUCUAUUCGCGCAAGGCCAAAUAUCUACUGGCCGAUUGUAAUGAGGCCUUUGUCAAAAUCAAAAUGGCCUUUCGUCCGGGCAUGGUUGAUCUGCCGGAGGGCCAUCGCGAGGCGAAUGUCAAUGCCAUUACAUUGCCGGAGGUAUUUCAUGAUUUCGAUACGGCCUUGCCGGAACUCAACGAUAUCGAUAUUGAGGCACAAUUUGCCAUGAAUCAAUCGCGGGCCGAUGAGAUCACAAUGCGUGAAGAUUAUGGCAGUAUGUCGCAUUCGUUGCACGAUGAUGGUUUCGGGGACAUUGGAUUUGGUAGUGACACGCCGGAUAUGGUGCGUGAUCACUUGGAUUCGCAUAUGAAUGAUCAGCUGUUCGAGGAUGAAGUUAUGCCGCACAUGGGUAGGAGUAGCGCCGCUGGAGGAGGGGCUGAGGGUCAUGAGGCCAGCAUCAGUCUCAAUGAGCCCAGUCAUAUGUCUCAGCCGCGUUUGGAUGAUAUCGAGGAGGCCGAUGGGUUUGGUGAUGAAUUUGGCCAACCGGAACUAUUUGGUGAUGAGCUAUUUGGGGAACCGCCACGUUUAGAUGCAGAGGUACAACAGCGCUUGGAAAAUCUCCCAAUAAUUGAAGAUUCUGAUGAUGAUCAUUUCGAUGUCAGGGCUCCAUCCCCGGCCUCCUCAUGUCCCGGCUCCCCCUUGCCGGCCCAUCAAAAUGAAGAUGACCAUGCCCAAAUGGAAUCGCCCAACAAACAACCACCCCAAGAGCAGGUCGAUGAGAAUUUGGAACAAUCCACCCUCUUGCAGAAUGAAGAAGAAAGUUUCGCCCUGGCCCCCAUAGAGGCCUCAGCCUAUAAGGGCAUCACGAAGAAUGCCAAACGCAAGCGUAAACUUAUUGUCGAUGAGGUCAAAAAUAUUUCCGGUGAGGAGAUGAAAGCCCAGCUGGCCAAUACCUCGGAUAUUGUGACCAUACUCGAUCUGGCACCACCCACCAAACGUCUGAUGUACUGGAAAGAAACGGGAGGAGUGGAAAAACUGUUCUCCCUACCCUCUCGCAUGAUACCGGCCCGUGUCCUAAUGAUAAACUAUAAUCGUCACUUGAUUUCACGUUUCACCCCGCUGGAAGAUUUCACCUGUUUGGGUCCGGCCGAUAUGUUGGCCCUCGAUCACAUCCAAAAUGAAAAUGACAAUGAUGCCAAUGCGAUUAUUACCAAAAAGGGUGGUCGCAAACGUAAAUUGGAUGCCAUCACAAAUGAAACGGUGGUUGCAGCCGCCGCCGCAGACACAACCCUAACCCAACAGAAUGUCUCCCUGCCCGAACAGGUGAGAGAACAGGAGAGUGGGAUCAAUGCCACCGCUGAUUCUCUGCGUUUGGAUGUGGCUGGAGGUGUUGGUCACAAUGACUCUACCCUACCGCCCGCGGAGGUCACCAUCUAUGACAAUUGUCAACGUAGCCCGAAUCCCAUGUUUGCCCUCAACGACAUUCACAAUUUGGAUAAUCUGAAUAGUACCCUGCCCAGCGACUUGGGUAACUUACACCACGAUCUGGACAAUGAUCACGACUUCGAUCAUGUCAAUAUGACACCGGGUAAUUUACAUCAUGGACAAAUGACACCCCACCAUCCGGAAAUUGAGGCCAUUGAAUCAAUACCAAAUCUCCCUGUCGAUCAAAUAUCCUCGAUACUAAAGGAGGCGGAAAAUAUGCCGCAACAGGACAACAACGCCGCGAACACCACCACAAAUAAUAUUGCCACCAGUUUGGCUUCCGAUUGGAAUGAUUGCCCACCACCACAGACACCUACUCCCGCCGCCGCUCCCUCCUUUGAAAUACCCAAUGCCCCACAUGAGGAACAACAGGAAGAUGAAACCAGUGAACAAUUUGAAGAACGUGUCCUCAAUAAGCGUGCCGCUCAAAUGUUCUAUGCCGUUAAAAAUCGCAUGGUUCAACAGGAUUGCCUCGUCCUGUCGGAACUGACGGGCAACAACACCCGCAAACAGGCUGCCCAGAAAUUCUAUUCCCUGUUGGUGUUGAAAAAAUUCCGUGCCCUAAAUAUUACCCAAGAAGGACCCUAUGCGGAUAUUGUUAUAACGCGGGGCAGCCUAUUCGAUAAUCCUAAGCUAUAAAUUGAUUUUAAUU